AAUCUUCAUCAUCAUCUGCACAAUCUCCAAACUUAACUAAGCCUCGAGCACCAGCAAGCACUUCUUCUCCCACAUCAUAUAAUUUAUCUCAUUCACUUCUUCCUUUUCCUAAAUCCGAGGAAAAAAAAAUGGCCGUCACUUGCUUCACUCAGGAGUUCAAGACUGCGAUUGCUCCAUCCAGGAUGUUCAGGGCUCUGAUCCUUGACUCUCACAACCUCAUCCCUAAGAUAGCCCCUCAGGGUAUUAAGAGCAUCGAAUUCAUUCAAGGAGACGGUGGUGCUGGAAGCAUCAAGCAGACCAACUUUGCUGAUGGGGGUCACUUGAAGUGGUUGAAGCACAGGAUUGAUUCUAUCAAUGUAGAGAAGCUCAUGUGCAAGUACACCUUUAUCGAAAGUGACAUUGCCUUUGACAAGAUUGAGUCGGUGGUGUACGAGGUGAAGUUCGAAGCUUCCAGUGAUGGUGGGUGUGUCUGCAAGAUGACAAGUGAGUACCAUGUGAAGGCCGGUUUGGAGCUGAAGGAGGAGGAUAUAAAGCAGGGCAAGGACAAGGCCAUGGGACUCUACAAAGUUGUUGAGGAAUACCUCAGGGCCAACCCCGAAGCCUGUGCCUAAAUGAGCAUUUCUUUUUAGUUUCUUCUGCUGGAGUUCAUAUGGUCUCUUCCCCUGUUUUCCUGCCUUAGCAUUUGGAAUUGGUUUAUCUGAAAAUCCAUGCGUGUGAAAGGGCACAACGAAAUAAAGAAUAUCAUGAUUUUGCAGCGUACUUUUUGGGUUCAUGAGUCUUAUAUAUGCUGCCCGUACUGAUCCGAGGAUAGACCAAGAAGCUGCGUACAAAAUUCUGAGACAAAUGUGAAACUCUUCACAUUAGGUCGGCAAGGGCUCUCUUAAUCAAGUUGGGUGAGAUCUUUUGUGCAUUUCACCUAUUCUCUGUUUUUUUCCCCAUUCCGAUGAAUAAAAGCAUGGAUUGUUACGGCCUCA